AUAUCCCUCAGUAAAUUGCUUCUUGAUUUCAAUUCUGCCACACCUCGACUUGCUCAAGUAGAAAGCUAAAUCCAUAAUUAAAUACCUUGCCAAAUACAUCAAUCGCUUACGUUGUUGCUUUUUAGCUGCCCUGUGCCUGCCAAAGCGACCUUCGGAUGGGGUCUCCGAUUUGCAUUACGCCAUUCCUCAACCUGGCAACACCGGACACCGAUGAAGCGUCGUCCGCUGCGCACCGCUGGUGGCUUUGGACUCUACGCGCUGUGCAUCUUCCUGUCUACCAUCACGCUGCAAGCGUUGACCACACAAUCGCCCGCGCCGUCUUCCUCGUUCCUCAGCAGCUUGAACCCCGUCGAUUCAUUGCUCUGGAGUCAGACGUCCACAAUCUCUGCCGUAGACCUGCGACUGCGCAACUUGUCAGUACACCGCGUUCGCUAUAUGGACGAACAGGCAAUCGCAGAAGAAGUAGAAGAAAGUGGCGUCCAUAAGACCCCAGUGGACUUCUUGACUACAAAGCCGCGCUCGGCCGAGGUAUCUAGCGUAGUGGUCACUUGGGAGGACCAUCCGCUGGCUGUCCAUGCGCGGGCAAAGGAUGCACGCCUAGAGGACGAAGAAGACGAAAAUUCUGCAGCUGAAGCGCAAGAUUCGACCUCAGACACGUAUUCGUAUGAGGUGCAGGUCUGGGUCACCGGAUGGGGGCUUGACGCGCUCUGGAAUGCUGCUAACAAACGGGUGAUCACGACAGAUCCGUUCUUGGUCUUGGCGGACUUGCCACUAGAGCAGGAAUUGGCCUUUCGCGUAAGGAUGAAGGCAAGGAAUGCUGAGAAUUCGCUGCUCGGGCUCUUGUUGCCGAUGGGAUUUUUCUCCAUCGAGACGGACGGACCGUGGAGUGAUGUGGCAACGCUGUGUCCUACACGCGAUGACGAGCUGGAAGCAUUAGUCACGUCUUUGACAGGCAACAAACCGUUGUUGCUUUUACUGGGGUUGUGUAUCGGAUCGAGUUGCCUUGUAGUGGCACAACUAUUUUUCCGACGGAGAGUUGCACUUGGACGACAAAGGAAACUACUGAAAUUGCAAGUGAAACGCUCUGGCAAGUCGGUGCAGGAAUUGGAGCACGAAAUUCGCAAUCUUCGUCAAGAGCUGGCGGACUCGGAGGACGAGGUGCGGCAACUCAUGCUGUUCAGCGGCUACGGCAUCGAGAUGCUGGCCUCACACGAACUGGAGCAAAUUGAACGUGUACUAAAACACACGCUGAUGCGUAUCCAGCAUCUCAAGAAUCGCGGGGCAACACCGGAACUACCGGAGAUGAGUGCCGCUGGGACUGUACACGGACAGGGUAGACGGGAUAGACCGCGACUCAAGCAGCGAGACGCUUUGCCGACGAGCCCCAUCUCCGAGCACCCGUCGUUCUGA